AUGCUCUGGAGCACAAAGAACGCGACACGGACGCGAAUACGAAAAAACCUCCGAGGGCUCUGUAGUGGUACAGCUCUAUAUUGGGGAUUAAGCGCUUUCCUUCUUGUUGCACUGGUUUUUGUUACUCUGAGAAUAGAGAACAUCAAUAAAACGUCUGAGCUAGGGACUUAUGAGUUUGGUUUUGUGACAGACAUAGAACCAUCGCGUACUGCAACAUCAUUGAACCGAAAAAAGUUUUACGGGGGAGUUAACAUCGAUAAGUACGGGUCAUACUCGAUUACCAGAGAUCCUAAUAGCGCAGAAUUCUUUGCGCCCUCAAGUCCAGAAGUUGAUGCUGCAUGGAUGUAUGAGAUGCUACCAAGUAAAACCAUUUCUCUUCCAAAUGACUAUAAGAAUUAUGGUAUCCAAGUCUUGGAUAAAGACCUCAGAUAUGGACACUACGAAAUACAACCAAGUGCAAUACAUUCUCUUCAUUGCCUUAACUAUAUCAGAAAAUCGCUUGCCCGAGAUUACUACACGGAUAUCACGGAUGACCCUGAGAGACCAUAUCAUAUGUGUCAUCGAAUGCAUCUUGAACACUGCUUGGAAAACACUCGACAGCAUCUGACUUGUAUUUUCGAUUUGACUUGGACUCUCCUCGUCUGGAGACCAGAAGCCAAGGUAGCCCAUGCAGCUACCGAUCAAUGGCAUGUCUGCAGAGAUUUUGAUGCUAUGAUGGGCUGGAUGGCCAACAGAAUUUAG